AUCGUGAGGACCAAUCAAUCCUUUGCACAGGUGAAUCAGGCGCUGGCAAGACCGAGAACACGAAGAAGGUCAUCCAGUACCUGGCCCACGUUGCCUCCUCACACAAAGGACGCAAAGACCACAACAUUCCUCCCGAAUCUCCCAAAGCAUUCAAGCUACAGGGUGAGUUGGAACGCCAGCUGCUGCAAGCCAACCCCAUCCUUGAAUCUUUUGGCAAUGCCAAGACAGUGAAAAAUGACAACUCAUCUCGCUUCGGGAAAUUCAUCAGAAUUAACUUUGACGUCACAGGCUACAUUGUCGGGGCCAAUAUUGAAACUUACCUUCUGGAGAAGUCAAGAGCCAUUAGACAGGCCAAAGAUGAGAGGACCUUCCACAUUUUCUACCGCCUGCUGGCGGGGGCUGGAGAGCAUCUCCGAACGGACCUGCUCCUUGAAGGCUUUAACAACUACCGUUUCCUGUCAAAUGGUAACAUUCCCAUCCCUGGUCAACAGGACAAAGAGAAUUUCCAGGAGACAAUGGAGGCCAUGCACAUCAUGAGCUUCUCCCAUGAUGAGAUCGUCUGUAUGUUGAAGGUGGUCUCUGCAGUGCUGCAGUUUGGCAACAUUGUCUUUAAAAAGGAGAGAAACACCGAUCAGGCCUCCAUGCCUGAGAACACAGCUGCACAGAAGCUCUGCCACCUGCUUGGAAUGAAUGUUAUGGAGUUCACCAGAAGCUAUCCUCACCCCCGAGGAUCAAAGUGGGCCGAGACUACGUGCAGAAGGCACAGACCAAAGAACAGGUAA